AUGAGCUUCGUGAAAUCAGUUACCAGAGUGGGUUCCAAAUACCUUCAGUUUGUGGGGCCGGGACUGCUGAUUUCUAUUUCCUACCUGGAUGUGGGAAACUACUCUGUUGCAGUGUCUGCAGGUGGUGCUUAUGGAUACAAGCUCUUAUACUCCAUCGUUCUAUCUAAUGUUUUUGCUGUGAUUUUACAAUGUUUGUGUAUCAAAGUUGGUUCAGUUACUGGACUGAACCUCGCGGAGUUGUGCAGGAAGCAUCUCCCCCAUCGGUUAAACAUUGUAAUCUAUAUCUUAGCAGAAUUUGCUAUCAUUGCGACUGACUUGGCAGAAGUUGUCGGAGCAGCUAUAGCUCUAAACAUAUUGUUUAACAUACCUUUAGCAUACGGUAUUGUCAUCACCGUUUUGGAUGUCGUCAUCGUACUGUUUGCCUACAAGGACAGUGGUAGUGGGGAGAAAGUUUCCCUAGCUAAAGUUCGGUUUUUUGAAAUGUUUUUGUCCAUAUUCGUGUUUUUGACUUGUGUCUGUGUCUCAGUGUUAUUGUUUAAGAUUGAGAUUCCCGACAAGCGUUCUUUGUUUGAAGGCUUUUUCCCUGUCUCUAAAGACAUAUUAGAAAAAAGGGCCGUAUACUUGGGACUGGGAGUCUUGGGGGCUACAGUAAUGCCACACUCCCUAUAUCUAGGGUCAGCCUUGGUGCAAAAUAGGCUAAAAGACUACGAUGUUAAGAAUGGAUUUGUGGACCCUAAGGUGGCCAUUGAUGACACCCAAGAUGUGUCUAACAAGUACAAGCCCUCCAUCCAUGCCCUAAAUUAUUGUUUAAAGUAUUCAUAUUGGGAGUUAAUCCUUUCUCUAUUUACCAUUGCAGUUUUUGUGAAUGCAGCCUUGAUGGUCGUUGCUGGUGCAACUUUGUUUGGACAACCAGACACUGAAGAUGCUGACCUUAUUACCAUUUAUGAGUUGCUCUCAAAGUAUGUCUCUUCUGCUGCAGGCUUUAUUUUUGCCCUGUCCCUUUUAUUUUCAGGUCAAUCAUCAGGUAUUGUUUGCACAAUGUCUGGUCAAAUUGUUAGUGAAGGAUUCAUCAAAUGGUCUGUUACUCCAUGGGUCAGAAGGCUGAUAACUAGAUUAUUGGCUGUCAUGCCAUGCAUGUUCAUGGUGUUGUUUAUGGAGAGAAAAGGUAUGUCUGAGAUACUGAAUGCUUCACAGGUAGCAUUAUCGUUGAUAUUACCAUUUGUUUCCGCUCCGUUACUGUAUUUUACUUGCAGUUCAAAGUUCAUGAAAGUUGAAAUCAAGAAAAGUACUAUCGCCGCUCCCAGUGAGAAUACAACUUUAUUGCCUACUACCGAGCAAACUGAAUACAAAGACUACACAAAUGGCCCAUUUCUCAAGUACAGCGCUAUCUUGACGUGGGCCCUGAUAACAAUUUUUAACUUCGUCUUAGUAUUUUCAUUUAUGAUUGGUGAGGAUGUCAGUUUUUGA